GGCCUGUGUCCGCCCUGCUCCACGAGCUCCGGUCAGCGCCGCGGGGGGGCUAUGAAUCACAUACGUCAACUUGUGUCCCGCGCCACAGGUCUUUUCAGUUGUAAAUGCACGCGCACAUGAGGAGGAGCGCUGCUAUUGGUCCGGAGCUCCGUCCUGAAUGACAAUAACGCCCGGACGCGCGCACACAACAAGUGCGCCGGAGUGAGGAGAGGAGUUUAGUCAAACCGCUGGACUCUUGAGAGGAGCAUGCGCCUGACCCGGACACUCUUUUCUUUUUGCUAAACUCACCACAAACUUACUGACAAUAGCCGCACUGGUCUAAUGUCCGCGCGCACGCACAUGUGAGCUUAUAACAAACUCUGAUUAGAUAAUCGGGCACAGCCGCGCUCCGCAGCCUCACUCCGCUCUCUCCCGCAGUACCCGCUGUAGGAGCAUGUACAGUCUACUGGAGCACGAAAGUCAGAGCCAGGGCCUGUCCCCGCUUACAGCCAGCGGCCCCACGCAUCCAAGCUCUAAGAGCGCGUGCACCCCUGAGAGCGAUCCCAUGGACAAGGUGAAGAGGCCGAUGAACGCCUUCAUGGUAUGGUCCCGAGGACAGCGGCGAAAGAUGGCCCAGGAGAACCCCAAGAUGCACAACUCUGAGAUCAGCAAGCGCCUGGGGGCAGAGUGGAAGCUGCUGAGUGACACGGAGAAGAGGCCCUUCAUAGACGAGGCCAAGCGCCUCCGUGCGGUCCACAUGAAGGAGUACCCUGACUAUAAAUACAAGCCCCGCAGGAAGAGCAAGCCGCUGCUCAAGAAGGACACUCCCGUGGGUAAGUUCCCCUUGGCCCCUGGGGGCCUGUUGGCUGCGCAGGGCCAGAGUACAAGCCCGCGGAUGGACAGCUACGGCUGGGCUCCAGCAGGAGGAUACGGGGGUAUGCAAGCCGAUUCCAUGGGCUACACCCAGCAGCUGCACCGCUAUGACCUGUCCGCCCUCCAGUACCCCACCAUGAGCCCCACCAUGAGCCCGGCACAGAGCUACAUGAACGGAGCAAACUCAUACAGCCCGCUCUCAUACAGCCCGCAGCCGCCACCUGCCCCCAUGACCAUGUCCAUGGUGAAGCCAGAGGCUGCCUCACCUCCCCCCUCCCACCAUCGGGGGGCACUGCAGGGGGACCUCCGGGACAUGAUCAGCAUGUACAUCCCAGGAGGCGCCGGGGACAGCCCGGAUGCCUCUAGCCCAGCGGCGGCCGUGCACCACCGAGGGACCUACGGCGCAGUACAGCCGCACUACCUGACCCCGGGCAGCAUGCCGCUCACGCACAUCUGAUGCGGCCACACCCACUGCGUGACCGGCCAUGCCUACUCGCACGCUGACCACGUCCAAUUCGGUUCCGGGACUCCGCUUGUGCCGACUAAGCGGCAUUUUGCAGAUGUGGUCAGGUGGGAUACACGUCAAUGAUGACUAGUUUUAUAUAGGCUUGGCACGUAAUCCAAGCGUUCAUUGCCCCCCACUGCUGUCUGACCACGCCUACUAUAGGAUGGCCACGCCCUGGUUUUGUGGACUAUAUUUGUCGACAUGACUCUUUGCUGUAGUGAUGAGGUCUGAAUAGGCCUGACAUGUAAUCUAAGAGUUACACUGGCCACACCCACAAUUCCAACUUAAAUGCAUUUUGUAUCACUGUUUUUAAAUGUCCAGCUGUACAUAGGCCUGACUCACAAUCCAAGUAUUCACUUGUGAUGUGAGUGUGCCACUUUGUACUGAUCGUGUCCAUUGUAUAUUGACCAUACCACUUACAAACUGACCAUGCCUACUUCAUAUUUUUAUGACUAAAGUUUUAAGGACUUGUAUGGGCUUCAGAUGGGUGUGUUGUUCUACAGCCCUGAUGCCUUAUCCACUGUUUUUAAUGGGGGCUCUCAUUAUGUGGACAGAACUGGGCAGGGAGGGAAGUCACUCAUUCUUGGUUCGUACUUCCUGGUUCCUAGUUGUACCUGAGUAGGUUCCUAAACAGAGACCUGUAUGUUUAUGUGUCCUUUUGGAAGACUAUGUCAAACUUCUGUUGGACAAUCAGCACUGGACCCACGACCAUGUUUUUUCCAUGUUUUGUUUGUAGAAAUGUCUCAACUUUAUUUGAUGACGCUCUUAAUAAGAGUGAGUUUGACCUAAAUGUAUAUUUUAAUAAAAUGAAGUGUUUUUAAUAGUCA